AUUUAAUCAUUUCUUACCUAAUACUUACUUCAAAAAACAAAACCCUAAAAGGGAUUGAUUCGCCGCCAGAUUUUUUAUUCUCCUGUCUCCCAUUUAACCUUCAUCACCUCUCUUAUUAGCUAACAGUUUUCUUUACCUGCUCUAUGUUGAGAAAAAUGAACUUUCUUGGAGUUUAAUUAGUCAAAGAUGGGAUUUUUAUCAACACCAAAGCUUCAGUUUUCAGCUUAUACAUGCAGGUUUUUGUAGUUUUAAGGUUUAUAUGAUAAAGUUUUGCCUCUGUUACCUUUCUUUGGUUGCUAGGUUUUGUGGGUACUGAUUAUAUUUGUUGUAGAAUCGAGUAUAUAAUUGGUGUUUGAUCAUGGAGUUUUCUUGCUACUAUUUUAUUUGAUCAAAGAUUGGGUUUUUAUGAGCUUAAAGGUUUGAUUUUGAGGUUGUGCACGUGGGGUUUUGUAGUUUUUAAGGUUUAUAUAUAUGACAAAGUUUUGAUUUUGAAUAGCUUUCUUGGGUUGUUAAGGCUUGUGGGUAUUGAUUAUAUUUGUUGUGGAAUGAGUGAGUGAAGAUGGUAUCUGAAUUGGGUAGGAGACCGAUGAUUGGGAACAAUGAAAAUUCAUUUGGAGAUGAGUUUGAGAAAGAGAUUGGGAUGUUACUUCACGAUCAGCGAAGACAAGACGCUGAUGAUCGCGAAAAGGAGCUGAAUAUGUAUAGAAGUGGCUCAGCUCCACCUACUGUUGAGGGUUCAUUGAGUGCAGUAGGUGGAUUGUUUAACAAUAAUGGUUUCAUGUCUGAGGAGGAGCUUAGGUCUGAUCCUGCUUAUUUAUCUUACUAUUACUCGAACGUAAAUCUUAAUCCUAGGUUGCCUCCACCACUUUUGUCCAAAGAAGAUUGGCGGUUUUCGCAGAGGUUGCAAGGAGGGAGCUCCGCUAUUGGUGAUAGGAGGAACGUAAACAAGAAUGAUAAUAAUGGUAAUGGUAGGAGGUCACCCAUGCCUCCAGGAUUUAACUUGAAAAAAGCAGAGAGCGAGAAUGAGACGGAUAAAUUGCAGGGUUCGGUGGAAUGGGGUGGUGAUGGUCUGAUUGGUUUGCCGGGAGUAGGACUAGGUAGUAAAAAGAAGAGCAUUGCUGAAAUAUUCCAGGAUGACUUCAGCCGUGUGUCUCCUGCUCCUGGUCACCCUUCGCGGCCAGCUAGCCGAAAUGCUUUUGACGGAAGUGGUGAUGCAGCAGAAGCUGAGCUUUCGUUUUCUUCUUCAAAGCCUUUAAGGUCUGCAUCAAGCACACAAAUCCAAUCUGAUGAGGUGGCUGCUUCCUAUUCAUAUGCUGCUGCUUUAUCAAGAAGUACCACUCCUGAUCCCCAACACAUUGUGAGGGCUCCUAGUCCUUGCCUUACUCCUAUUGGUGGAGGGAGGGUAGUCAAUUUAGACAAGAGAAGUGUUAAUAGUCCAAAUUCAUUUAAUGGUCACACAACUGAGUCUUCAGAGCUUGUUGCUGCUUUGUCUGGCAUGAAUCUAUCUAAUGGUACGUCGGAUGAGAUCAUUUCUCAGAUUGAACAGGACAUUGGUUUUAAUACUAUCCUCACCAAUCUUGCAGGUGGGCAGAAUAACACGAAGCAGCAUGAAUUUUUGAAGCAAUCUGAAUCCCCACAGUUUAAUAUGGCUUCUACUGUUCAGUCUGCAAAAGUACCAUAUUCUGUCGGCUCAGACCUUAAUAGUUCUAACCGCCAAGCUGCUUUCUCCAAUAGUUCAUACCUCAAAGGAUCCCCAACAUCUGGAUUGAAUAGUGGAGGUGGCGUGCUUUCUCAAUAUCCACAUUUGGAUAGUCCAAAUUCAUCUUUUUCUAAUUAUGGUUUAAGUGGUCAUCCUCUCAGUCCAAUGUCAAGCCAUCUUGGCAACUAUAAUUUGCCACCUUUAUUUGGAAAUGCUGCUGCUGCAUCAGCUAUGGCUGUACCUGGAUUGGACUCUCGAAUCCCUAAUUUGAGUGCUGCAACCUCAGAGCAUAAUCUCAGCAGAAUGGGAAAUCAAAUGGGUGGGCCGUCAUUCGUGGACCCUAUGUAUCUUCAGUACUUGACAGCUGAAUAUGUUGCGCAGGUUGCUGCUCUUAAUGAUCCUUCCUUGGACAGGAGCUACAUGGGCGGCAAUUCGUAUGUGGACUUGCUUCAGAAAGCUUAUCUUGGUAAUAAUGUUCUACCUCAGAAAUCUCAAUACAAAAGCGGUGGUUCAGGUCAUCAUGGCUAUUAUGGAAAUCCUGCGUUUGGAGUUGGCUUGUCAUAUCCUGGAAGUCCUUUAGCAAGUCCUGUCAUCCCAGGCUCUCCAGUGGGACCUGGUAGUCCUAUGAGGCAUAGUGAUUAUAAUAAUAUGAGACGAAUGAGAAACAUAGCUGCAGGUGUCAUAGGACCAUAUCACUUGGAUAAUAUGGAAAACAGCUUAGCAUCCUCCUUACUGGAAGAGUUCAAAAGCAACAAGACCAGGUGUUUUGAACUUUCAGAAAUUGCCGGCCACGUUGUUGAGUUUAGCGCCGACCAGUAUGGGAGCCGAUUCAUUCAGCAAAAGCUGGAAACUGCCACCACUGAGGAGAAAAACAUGGUGUUUCAGGAAAUUUUCCCCCAAGCUCUUACUUUGAUGACUGAUGUCUUUGGAAAUUACGUAAUCCAGAAGUUUUUUGAACAUGGAAUGGCAUCUCAGAGGAGAGAAUUAGCUGGCAAGCUCUUUGGGCACGUUUUAACACUGAGCCUUCAAAUGUAUGGUUGUCGCGUCAUACAGAAGGCAAUAGAAGUAUUCGACGUGGACCAGAAGAUCAAAAUGGUUGAGGAGCUUGAUGGUAAUAUCAUGCGCUGUGUACGAGAUCAGAAUGGAAAUCAUGUCAUUCAGAAAUGUAUUGAAUGUGUACCAGAAGAUCACAUUCAAUUUGUCAUCUUGACAUUUUUCGGACAAGUUGUUACUCUCUCCACCCAUCCAUAUGGCUGUCGAGUAAUACAGAGAGUAUUGGAACACUGUAGCGAUCCAGAAACCCAAAAUAAAGUGAUGGAAGAAAUCUUGGGAUCUGUUAGCAUGUUGGCACAAGAUCAGUAUGGUAAUUAUGUUGUUCAGCAUGUAUUGGAGCACGGGAAGCCGCAUGAGCGCUCUAUUAUAAUUCAGGAACUAGCUGGGAAGAUUGUGCAAAUGAGCCAGCAGAAGUUCGCCUCUAAUGUUGUUGAGAAGUGUUUAACUUUUUGUAAUUCUAGUGAACGACAGCUACUGGUGAAUGAGAUGCUUGGUACGACUGAUGAAAAUGAGCCUCUUCAGGCUAUGAUGAAAGAUCAGUUUGCAAAUUACGUUGUACAGAAAGUUUUGGAAACUUGUAGCGAUCAGCAACGUGAGCUGAUCAUGUCGAGGAUAAGAGUUCACUUGAAUGCUCUGAAGAAAUACACUUACGGAAAGCAUAUUGUCGCGCGUGUUGAAAAGCUAGUUGCUGCUGGGGAAAGAAGAAUUGCUGCUCAGUCCCCAAGUCCGGCUUAGUCUUUUAGGAAAGAAAGUUGUACAGCUAACUGAGGCUUAGUUUGAGCUACCUAUCUUCCUUUUCUUCCACAUCUAGUGUUUUAGCUCCAUACAUGUCUUCUAAGGUAUGGAGUAAAUUGCAAAUAAAGUUGUUACAUGUGCUAGAGAACUGUAAAUUGUGUAGUUAAAACAUAAAAUCAGGUAUGCUGAAGCUCAGAUGUCAAAUAUUCGAGAUGGCUGUGCAGAGGAAGUCAAGUCUCCGGAGGGUGUAAAAAAUAUAAGACCGGCGAGGUAGUUUAUAUCAACGCGAUUGUACAAAUGUUGCCAUGUGGAGAGUUGAUGUUUAGGGGAGAACAGAAAUUUCAUGUAUGGUAUUGACAAUUUUCUUCUAUGGCUAAGUGUAUUUUCCUUCAUCUUUGGUUGCUGUCAUUUUAUGAUAAUUCAAUGCUCCUGUAUCCA